AUGUCUUAUAGAAACCCCAAUGUGGAGAAUCCUCAAGACCAAGUGUAUCCUCCAAGGUAUCCACAACAACAAAGACCUCCUUACCAAUCUCAAGGAAGUCAAUUUCAGCCAAGGCAAGGAUAUGAGCAGAGAUCAUCAUAUCCGCCCAAGGAGCCAUAUGCUUCUUCACCAAAUCAAGCUCCUCCAAACCAACAAGGUGGAAGAUUUGAAGGAAUCCUCCAACAGAUCAUGGAUGGCCAGAAGAGAAACACUAAAGAGAUGUAUGAGAAGAUGGACACUUUGUUCAGCAAUCUCAACACCAAGUAUGAUGCUGUUGCCACUCAUGUGAAGAAACUAGAGACUCAAGUCACUCAAACUAUGGAAGCUGUUAAGAGACAGGAAGCUGAAUCCAAGAAGUCCUUUUGCAACUCAGCCGCCAUAGAAGAAAGAUUUGAAGACCAAGUUCCAGAAUGGAUGCUUUCAAAACCUACUGUUGAUUGCAUGAUUUGGCCUGAAGAGAAUUACCCAGAGAGAGAGUCCAAUCGAGCUAGAAAGAGAAGACUCUUCCCAAAGAUUAUCCCCAAGACAGAUAACUCAGGAAAGUUUGUGUGCCUUGUAUCAUCAAAGAUUGGAAAUUGCUCUAUCCCCACUGAUUUCCAGAUUGUGGAAAUGAGAGAGAGUAGCCAUAGACCUCUCAUAUUUGGAACCCCUUUCCUGUCUACUGUGGGUGCCAUAUUUGAUUUCCCCAAUCAAAGAAUCUCUUUCAACAAGGUGAACAAGGGUAUGUUCUUCCCUAUGUGUUCAACAAAGAACUCUUUUGUUGACAUGGUCCAAGAGGAGAAAGUUACUUUGAAGCCACCCCAAGAAGGAGAAACUGAAGAAACAAUCAAGGAAGAUCCCAUUCCUAAGCCCAAGCAGCUUGCCAAACAAGCAAGGAGUAAGACUAAGGCCCCUACACCAAAACCGCCCAAGGGAUCAACCAAGAUUGAAGAUGAGGCCAAGCCAAGAAGGAAGGUUAGAAAACCUAGGUCUGGCCGCAACAUGAAGCUUCUAUUCCCAAAGGAGCUUAUUGAUGAGAAUCUAGAAGGAUUCAAGGAGAAAGUGACAAGAACUCUAAAGCUUUUUCCUAAGGCAGUAGUGCCAAGGGACAUUCAUGGAGAGAUUGUCUAUCCAGCUGUGAAUCACCCACCAGAUACUCAUUGCAAGGAGAAAAGACUUGGAGGAUCAAGAUGCCUCUUGUCUCCAUCUUCUCCUGAGCGCCAAGCCUUACAGUCAAGCUAA